CCGGGUGCGGGGAGGCGGGGGGCCGCGCCGAGCGGUAUCCGGGUGUCAGAGCAGCGCCGAGCCGCCGCCAGCCGCCAUUACAGCCUCCCGGCCGUCGGCCCACCCACCCGCGCCCGGGCGGGGAGGGGAAAGGGGAGCGGCGCGACGCGCGGGGCCUGCCGGGAAGUCGCUCCCCUCUCCCCUCCCCUUCUUCCCCCCGGCCUGUCGAGGCGGCGGAGCGCGCAUGCGCCAGAGGGAGAGAGCCGUUUCCACUCACUGAAGAGUGCAAAGCCUAGACAAGCAGCAUGCACUGCAGCAGCACUUACUGACAUUCCUGACUCAUCCGUCUGAGGGAAUCAACAAGAGAGCACUUCUUGACAUAAAGAGACUUCACUCUGCCUAGGAAGUGAGAAAACAGACUGCCAGGAUUGCAAGCAGACUCUAUUGUCAUCUGUAUUGAUUCGGGACUCCUGCUCCCUGUAGAUGUCCUACAGGAGAGCAGAUCAAAAAGGAAUUUUCAGAAUAACAGGGAUAAAAGCUUUCUUGCAGACGUACGGUAGUGCAAAGGAAGAGCUCUCCCUCAUAGCCGAUGCAUCCUCUGAAAUACUGUUAUAAAUUCCUGCAUCAAUAAUUCAAACUGACUGCUGAGAUACACAAAAGAAGAAAUGAUAAAAUUUUUUCUUAUGGUGAACAAACAAGGUCAAACUAGGCUCUCCAGGUAUUAUGAGCAUAUAGAAAUUCAUAAACGGACAAUGUUGGAAGCUGAAGUAAUCAAAAACUGUCUCUCUCGUUCAAAGGAUCAAUGCUCUUUCAUUGAGUAUAAGGACUUUAAGUUGGUAUACCGACAGUAUGCAGCCCUUUUCAUAGUCGUUGGAAUCAAUGAGACAGAGAAUGAGAUGGCAGUAUAUGAACUAAUUCAUAAUUUUGUGGAGGUUCUGGACAAAUACUUCAGCAGAGUGAGUGAAUUAGAUGUAUCCUUUUUGAUCAUGUUCAAUUUGGAUAGAGUGCACAUCAUACUGGAUGAAAUGGUGCUAAAUGGCUGCAUUGUGGAAACAAACCCCAACAGAAUUCUUGCGCCUCUGUUUGUGCUCGACAAAGUGGCAGAGAGCUAGGAAGAUGCAAGACUGACUAAAGCAUUUAACAAAAGAUGGUGAAAUCCUCAACAGCAACCCACAAGCGAUCUUCUGAUUUCAUAAGACCAACUCAUGCAAUAUCCAAAUCAGUUGAAAAAUAUUUCCUGCUUCUCCUGUACCCUGAAAAAGACACAGAACCUCAAAGUGAAACCUUUAUGUUCAGAUGCAACUUCCUACGGACACAGCAGAAGCCUUUUUAGAACAGAAGAAAUGUUCCUCAAGAAUUUUUUUUCUUUCAAACAAACUGAGAAUGAAGCAAUGGAAACUUACUUGUGACUGUGUAGGUAUUGUUCAGAUUCAUGUAGCAUUCUGCCAGACCUAGAAUGACAGAAAAUAUGGAAAAAAAAUUUCAAACUAACUUUUAAUGGCACUUCUUUAAGCAACAGUGUGAUUUUUUUAUUUUCAUACAAAUGUACUGGCAGUUAAAGUUUGGUAACUUUUAUGACUACCUUUAAACUAGAUUCAGCAUUAAUCAUAAAGCUCGUCUUCUCAGCCACAGAGAUCCUCUGAUUUCAGUUACAAAAUACAUGUAAAUAACAGAAGCGUACAUGUAUUUAAGAUUCCCACAUACUGUAUUAAGUUGUAACUAGAAGUUACACUUAAAUGUUAUAACAUUAAUAAACUAAUUAAGAUCAAAAGGUUUGAUAUUUUAUAGUACACAUAUUUGCUUCAUAAAUCACACAAUAUCUUUUUUUAUUUUG